AUGGCCAACGUUGUCAGGACAGCUCAGACUGGCAAUAGUUGGACCGUCAAUGAGUUAGACGCUUACAAUAUCACCAUUGUAUCUCAAGAUGCUGCUACUUUUUUUGGUGUUGAAGAGCUCACCGUUCCCGAGCAUCUCAGCGACCUCCUCACCAAUUUGACGGCCGAAGAGGCUGUAGAGGACGACACCUACCAAGUCCUCCGAUACAUGGAUCUCGCCAUGAACCCUAUUCCGGGAGAAGAGUCAGCUGUCGUAGACUUUUCUAUGCAACUUUUAUGGAAAUUGGGUUAUGCGGGUAGGAAGGUCGGAAGGGAUCUUCGUAGUCGAAAGGAUAUUUCCCUGCUCACGUGCGGAGAAUGGUGGCACACUCGCACCGACCUCUGCGUCAUGGACAACUAUGAAAUCCUUCUCAUCGUCCAAGAAGAUAAACGCCACAUCAAGCUUGCGGACCCGCACUCCCAACUCAUCGCAGAGGCUAUCGCAGCUGUACAGCACAACAACCGCGUUCGCAACUUGCUUGGAUUCAAGGAACCGCUCGAAUUUAAAGAAAUGGCGGGUAUUGUUAUGAUAGGAAGCGCCCCAACUUUCUUCAAGAUCCCGGUCUCACGCGAUUUGCUUGAUGCAGUUCAACGAGGCUCGUUCCCAGCCACACCUACCGUCGUCGCCAUGCAUCGCCCCGUCAUUAAGCGUCCCCUCCGCCGACUUGCAGAAGGAAUGCGCCCCCUCGACAACCGUAAGGCCAUUCUAGGCUGCUUCGAGGCGUUCAAGAAAUUCGUCAAUUGGUAA